CCUCCAUACGCCCCUCAGCACAGAUAGGCCCCCACCACCCCACACUGACGGGACUUUUAGCUGUCCGACAAAACUUCCUUGUGAAACGCGACGGUCCCGGGUCAGGCGAAACUGACUGCCCUCUCGGGAUCCUCUUUAUUCAGGCACACGCGAGAGGAGGAUCUCCAAGAAAUGGGGUUGAGGCAUGAUGUUGCGGUGUCGGAUGGAUCAGGCGCGCCUUCGGUUGUUCGUUUCUGGGGUCCUUCUUGAGUCCGGUCGCAGUGGUGGUGGUGGUGGUUGCUGACAGGAGAGGCCUCCAGCAGGUUGCCGGCUCCCGGCCUAACGUUACCCACUUCAUGAAACGGUACAUUUCUGACCACUAUUAAGAUGGCUGCUACAAUAGUGCAUGAUACCUCAGAGGCCGUGGAACUAUUCGCCCCACAGGGCUUAUUUCUGAAGCCGAUUGCUAAGCUGACUCUUAGCGUAUCACUCCCCCAACUGAAGCAACCAGGUAAGUCCAUAUCAAACUGGGAGGUGAUGGAGAGACUGAAGUACAUGGUUCACCCUGAGCAGUUUGCUACACUCCGUGUGUCCAAGAGCACAAUGGAUUUUGUUCGCUUUGAAGGGGAAGUUGAAAACAAGAACAUGGUGAAAACUUUCCUGUCCAAACUGGACAGUAAGACUAUUAAGCUCAGUGGCUUCACAGAUACCUUAAAAGUACGAGCAGCUGAGGUGAAAAUAGACUUUCCAACCCGCCAUGACUGGGAUUCGUUCUUUCGGGAUGCCAAAGAUAUAAAUGAGACUUUACCAGGUGAGAGGCCGGAUACCAUUCAUUUGGAGGGACUGCCAUGCAAGUGGUUUGCUCUGAAAAACUCCAGUUCGGAGAAGCCAAGUGAUUUCAUCCUGCGCAAGGUAUUUGAAACAUUUGGGGAGAUCCGAAAUGUGGACAUCCCAAUGCUAGACCCUUACAGAGAAGAGAUGACUGGGAAAAACUUCCAUACCUUCAGCUUUGGAGGUCACUUGAACUUUGAAGCGUACGUGCAGUACCAGGAAUACAUAGGAUUUGUGAAGGCAAUGGACGCCCUGAGGGGCAUGAAACUGCUGUAUAAAGGGGACGAUGCAAAGGCAGUGGCCUGCAGCAUAAAGGUUACCUUUGACACAACAAAGCACCUAAGUGAUGCUUCCAUCAGGAGGAGACAGAUGGAGAGACAGAAGCUGCAGGAGCUGGAACUGCAGCGAGAAGAGCAAAAACGUCGGGAGAAAGAGGAAGAAGAGCGAAGAAAGGAGGAAGAAAGGAAGCAGAGAGAGCUGGAAGAGCAGGAGCGGGAGAAGAAGAGAGAAGAAAAGGUUAGGAAGAGGGAGCAGAAGCAGAAGGAGCGUGAAGAACGGCGAAAUGUGCGCAAGCUGCAACGGGAGGAGCAGAAAAGACUGCAGGAAAAAAUCGCUCUGGAGGAACGAAGGCUCCUUUUAGCACAGAGGAAUCUGCAAUCUAUCCGCCUUAUUGCAGAGCUGCUGAGCAGAGCCAAGGUUGGGAAGCAGCAGGAACUGGAAGCGCGUGAAGCUGAGGCGGCCCGACUGCAUCAACUGGAAGAGAAGAGGCGGCAGCAAGAGGCGGAGCUCCGGCGAGUGGAGGAAGAGAAGGAGCGUGUGGUGGAGCUGCAGCAGAAGGAGAAGGAGCUGAGGGAGAAGCUGCUGGAGAACCUGAAGCGGAAGGAAGAAAGUGAGAGCCAUCAGUGCAGAGCGGACCUGAAGGUGGGCCUCGGAGACCGGACAGCUGGGAAUGUGUGCCCAGUGUUGGGAGCAGCCCCCACACAGGCUGCUACCUGUCUGCUCACAUGUCCUGGUACUCUCAGCCAUGGCAAGCAAGUGCCACUCGCUCAGGAAGUCAACGGAAAACCGGAUGCAGCCGAAAGAUUCACCGGUGGUUUGGGCCAGAUUCAGACACAAAGCGACAUCAUUCCUAUUCCGCUUCCAGGUGAAUGUAAGUCUGUGCAGAGCAUGGAACACAUAACUACAUUACCUAAUAGUAAAGGCUGCUCCCUGCAGGAGUGCACUGGGAAAAAAGGUAAAUACCAAAAUGGCCCCAGUCAUGCAGAAAAAGACCUUGAAACCAAUGCUCUCAAGGUGGAAGGCAGCCAAGUGCAAAAGGACUUGAAGAGGGCUCACAAAUCACGUAAGAGCAGCACAAGCAGUGAUCGCAGUAGAAACUGGAGGGACUCGAGUAGUGACGGCAGCUGCCAUCAGAGGGAAUGGAGCCGGCACCAGGGCCGCUCGAGGAAGGAGAGUACUCGACGUGGCAGGGACUCGAGCCGGGAGCAGAGCCGCAACUGGAAAGGCUCCAGCAACGAGCAAAGCUGCAGCCGACAAGACCAGAGUCGUGAGGGGAGGCGAUACCGAAGAAAUGCCAGCAGGGAUCGGGUCCGCGUCCGGCAGGGAUCCAGCAGGGAGCGGAACCGCCUUCGGUAUCCGAGCAAGGAGCAGAGACAGCGGAGGGGUGCGAGUGGGGAGCGGAACCGUCAUCGGAAAAGCUCAAGCAGGGAACGUAGCCGUCAUCAUAGGGACACAAGCAGGGAGCGUAGCCAUUAUAAAGACUCCAACACAGGACACAGCCGCCAUCGGAGGUAGUCAAACCCUUUACUUGGCUGGCUAUCAUCACAGGGGAAACCAGAGAGCAGCAAAGUAAACAACAGAUGUGAAUUCAGUGGUUUAUAACGAUCUACAGCAUGGAAAAAGCCCCUUUGGCCCAUCACAUAUGUUGGUAAACAUAAUACAAUACUGAAUGCUUAUUGUAGCAAUUCAUUGUAAGCAGGAAAGAAGUAACACUGAUUGAAAAGCUUGUGGAAUAAGUAAAGGUAAAGUCACCAUAGACCCAGAGAGCCAUUGAGCUGUUGUCUCAUCAAAGAGAUGACUGUGAUGUGUGGGGGUGGGGGUUUAUAAAGCACUCUUCUUAUUGUUAGCAGAACAAGGAAAACAUUGGAAAAUAAACAAUCACGGGUGUUAAAAAUUGGAUUUUAACAUUGGGCAUAAUCAGAUGUCACAACAAUUCUCAGAACCAGAGCAUGAUUAUUCUGUUUGUUAACACAAAAUGUGUGUCCGCUUCCCUCGUUAUUUUCCCAAAAUACACAUUUGGAUGUACACCGUAAACUUCUAAUGUUUUGGUUGCUGAUUAAUGUUGAAAGGCAGAAUUAAGAGAAUGCUGGAGAUGGGUAUGUUGUGACGAAUAGUUUGUUAAGGCAUUUACAUCUUGAUGGAUAGUAGAGUUAUACAUUAGGGGGCUUCUGCCUCUGAUACUGCUGGUAAUAAUACAUUUCCAACUUUACCACAUUUUGCAAUGCAAAUCCUCAUUGUACUGUGAAGAACCUAAAUAUACAAUGGGCAGGGGAAGAGGGGAGAAAAUGUGAAAUCCUUCUUUCAGGGAGCAUUUUUAUUAGAAUUUUUGGCAGCUGUCUUUUGGAAGUUUUUUGGGAUAAUUUUGGUGCUAGAAGUUGUAUAAUGGGACAGUUUGCAACGCCUCAGAAAACCGUAGAGUCCCAUUUCUCUGCGUUCCCACAGUGGUUAUUGCUCUGAUUUGUCAGCUUGAUCUUGGUAGUUUGGCAAUUCUUUAGGUGGUGCCAUUGUAGUCCCAGACACUCCCCCUUGACACAAAACCGCACGGAAGUUUUGAAUAUGAAUGUUCCCUGUUUUUCUUUCAGCUGAGGGAAAAAGUCAGGAUAUUUCUAAGUAGACUGCCUGAAUAAGUGGCAGCUUCUCAGCUGUUUACCAACAACUCUGGUAAAUCCAUGGCUCUGUAAGUGGGUUUGGGAAGUGUCAAAUCUUUUUCAGAGAAUGGGAACGUUCUCAGGUGACAGUCACUGGAGCGCAAUGCAAUUGAGCAUACAUCUGUACAACACAGUGGCAGUUUGAUUCAUAAGCUUGAAACAACCAGCACAUUAAGCACGUUUUCUGUCUUGCCAGCCAAAGCGGUUCAGUGCACGAUGCAAGAGUAUGUGGCUCAACUCUUAAAAUAUGCUAUGUUUUGCAUGUAAUGUACAGUUAGAAUAACUCAUUUCAUUAGAACAUUCAGUUGUGGUUAUUUGGUAGAAAUUAAAUGGCAUACCGACACAGAACAGGGAGUGCUGGAAAAAUACCGAAGGUUCUGAUGUAGGGUCACUGGCCUGAAAACGUUAACUCCACUUUUCUGUUUAUAAAUGCCAGACCUACUGCGUUUCUCCUGCACUCCCUCUGUUUCUUUGUGCUUAUUGUGCCAGCACUGAGAAAACAGAUUACCCUUGCAGGGCAUGCCAGUGAACCACAUUGGCAGGUCCGCUCUGCUGCCUCAGUCUGCUGGAGGAUUCUCUCUGCCGUAUGUGUCAUUUUGUGGCAAACUUUACUCCCAAGAAAACUCGCUUCCAAUCCCAAAAUACUGAGUGAAUUAAGAAUAUUUCAAGUUUAUGAUGAAAACUUGAGUGACAUCACUUAUAGUGUGAUUUAAUUAUCCCCCCUCCACUUCACAACACAUUGAUAUCCAUGUGUUAAAUCUGUCUGACCAUAUUAAUUUUAUUCCCCUGAUGUCAACACUUGAAUAUUAAAAGCUAUCUGCAGAGUUCACAGAUGGUACUUGUAAUAUUAAGGCAUGUGCACUUCUUUGUUUUUAAAAAGGCAAUUAUUUAGGUUUAUGCCCUCUUCUCAACAAAUGCUCCCAACCUCCUUUACUAUGACAUUGACAGAGGUCCAGCCAUACAAGUUGCAGCUAGAUUUUAGAAAGUAUAUAAAUGGCAAAAGCUACAAAGCAUUUGAGGUUAAGAGAAGUGGAUUCUGGGCAAUUGAAAUCCAAUAGCCAUUUACCAUUAAUAACAUCUCUCAAGAAUCCAAACUUGAAUUUAUAAUCUCAUCUGAAUUAAAAUUAAGCAUCUUUGAGUUCUAUUAAUACAAAAGUUAUACAAAAACUUCUCAAUUUAAAUAAUUUAUUUGAUAUUACUGGAAAAUUUUAAAUUUCCAUAAAAAUAAAACUUUGCAUUGAAAGGAGUGAGGUUUAAAAAAAGUUCUUAAUAUAUUAUCUUAAAUCACUUUAUGAUUUGACCAAAUGAAUGCUAAUAAGGAUUCAAAUAGUAACCAGAAGUGAUCACUCUGAUGUAUCACUGCCAUUAAAUAAGAUCAUCGCUAAUCUUCCACUUCAGGCCCACUAUUUUGCCUUACCCUGAUAGACUUCUGAUUUCCAUCUCAGUUUGAAUACACUUGACCAAAACUCUGAGUGGCAGCAAAUUCUAAAGAAUUGCAACUUUCAUCACAAUUUUAAAUGAUUGACCCUUUAUCCUGAGGACUUGUCUCCUUGUUCUGGACUUGCCAGCUAAGAGAAGCAGCCUCUUAACAUCUAGGAAGGAGUUGAUGAGAUACUGAGAGAAUUAGAUUUCAAGGAGGCUUCAGAACAUUGAAAGAUAAAUAGGAAAGAUGAGAGAUUUAGUAAAUUCGGGAACAUGAUGGCAAGAUGGCCAACAAAUCUGCUACCAAUCAUAGGAUGGAUGUUUGUGGGUGGAAUGCAGUGCACCAGAAUUGUUAAAAAGGCUAAUAUGGGCAAGGGAAAGGAACUGAGGAAGGUUAUAAAGGUGGGAAAGAAAGAGACCAUCAGGAAUUGUGUAGCGGUUUCACAGUUGACUGAGGGAUUGGAGCUAGUUCUUUGUGUGAAGAAAAGAGACAAGUGUGACUUAAAGGGAUAGGUUACAAGUUAUGUAGUUCAGAAUGAAUUGACAUUCCUGUACAAUAGAUAGAUGAGUGGGUUCAGCAUAGUGGAAAUAGCCAUAUCUUGCUGCUUUCACCUUUGUAUUUUCAGUGCUAGCAACUGCUAGAGAGAUUGAGGUUCUGAUAAAUCUGUAACAAUAAAAUGAACUCUUGCUCUUUGCUUCAAGUUAAGUCCAGAAUGAACUCAGUGUGCCAAUGGUCACCUUCUGUGCUGUAAUGACUCCAUGAUUCAAUAACAUUAAAAUACACAGCAACCUCAAGAAACCAGUAUUCAAAGGCACGGGGAUUAUGCAAAUGCAAGGUUACAUUUGAGGACUCUUGAAUUUUGCAAGCUAUGGUGAUGUAUUAAUUACAAACCUAGUCUAGUACAUUAAUCUACCCAAUUCUGCUAAAUAAAAAUCUGAACUUUAGUUAUAUGCUUAAUAGAAAUUAAUCUCUAUUCUCUGUAAUUUUGAAAAAAUAAUUUUAAUGAAACUCUCCAAUUCUAAAUUAAAGAAACCAAAACCACUGGAUAUCCUCUUUAAGGUGUUUAUUCCAUGCAAGUAGAGGCAAACGCAAGUCAGUCGCAAAACGUGUCCUGAUUUUUUGUGCAGUGAUUUGUUCCAUCUGAUGUCUCCAUGUGACCUAAUGCCUUAGCUUUAUGUUGUACACUGUGUGAUCCCAUGGAAUAGCCCAAAACCUUUUAAUAUUGUCAUGCAAGCAUGGAGCAAGCAAUUUUGAAUAUAUCAUCAUCUAAGAAAGUGGGUCCUCCUUCUGCCUAAUAAUUUUCACUUUCAUAUGAAACAACUGUUUUGUGGUAUAUGGUGAUCAGUGGACAAGUACUGAUAGGUGUGUCAUGAGACUGGUGUUAGCAUCAGCAAAAUGGGCCCAUAGCAUGGCAUAAACAUAUUUCAGCCAGGAAGGAUUGCAAUUGGUCAUGGGGCACUUAAACUGCAAGAACGGGGAGCUGUGGUAAACUGAUCAUAGAUGCUCUUUUUAAGGUUUUCUUUCUCUUCCGUCAUCUUGAUCGUCCCAUCCUCAAGAUGUUGUCCAUGAAGGUCAGUGAUCUCUGUGAGCAUGGACAGUUUGAGGGAUGAGGCAUUGUAAGAGUUAAAUAACUUCAUUUUUCUGCAAAGACUCAAUCGCCCCCACCAUUGGUUUCUUGAACUUGUAAAUUAAGGCAAGGUUUUAAAAUGCUUUUCUUCAAUUCUAAUAAACAAAACUAAUAAAUAUGGGCCAGCUUGUUUAAUAUCAGUUGGCAAUUCAGCAAAGUUUAAUGCUGAAAGUAGUAAAACAAAAAAAGUUGUUUGAUUAUAUUUCAAAACCUUGCAUAAGUUUGUUUACUCCCAUAGAGUUAAGAAUGUAGUCAAUUUAACCUUUCCUUAUUUUUCAACCAACAGUGAUCAGUUUUUGCAGUUCUAAUAGGUGCACAAGGUUAUCACAAGGCAGCAGACAGACGAAAGCAGUUUAUUUUUGCAGUAUGAUUACUUCAGGGUAAUGCUUAAGGUGCUUCAAUUCUUGUGAUGCCUAAUUCCACUUAGACAAUCACAUAAGCCUAUAUUCUUACAUCUGGUAAGAUUCAGCCAAUACUUACCUACAAAUCAGCCCCAGGAGCUGUACAAGAAUGGACCUGAAAUGGUUUUCACCAGCUUUUCCUCCGCUUCUUUCUUCCCCACUGGUGAAUUCUAUUACUGCACACAGUGCAGUAGAUGAAGCAGAGGACACGAGCAGGAACGUGCCUCUGUUGUUUACCUGCUUUGCCCAAAUUGCUUGUUUAUUUAAAGAUGUGAAUUCCUGUGCUUCAGUUGUUAUAAUGCUUCUUUAAUUCCCUUUCUGGUAAUUGGAGACCAAUUUCAUCACAGAACAAGAAGACCUGUAUUGUGGAGAAGUUGAACUCUCUGUCCUUAAAAUAGUUUUGAUAUUUUGACCACUGUAUUUAUUUGAAAGUAAGGGUUUCAAACUAUCAAUGACGUUAAAUUGAAAUCAAAUCAUUUUGAGAGAUCAGUAUUUUCAAAAAGCGUAAAUAAACCACAAAUUACUGUGUCUUCUGGCAGAAUAUAGAAAAUUGCAGCAAAUGAGACAUGCAAAAGAAAAAAAAUUGUUUUUGUGCAUUUCUUCUCUCGAGAAGAGAACAACACAAUUCCUGACUGUCAUGGGCCACAGUCGAAUCAGAGAUUGCACUUUAAAAGUAUUUUCAAUAGUUUGUUAGUAACAAAUAACACAAUGAGUAACGGGAGGUUUUUUUUUUUAAAUCCCCUGUCCCUGAUUUUUGUUUUGUAUGGCAUCCUCAGCAGACACAAGUGCGCCAUCUCAUUUGCAGUGUUCUGCAUGUUCUGUCCUGUACAAGACUGUUCCUUUGACAUUGUGCAAAUAAAUACGCUUUUGUUUCCAUUUGACUCUUUAAUGUCAUUUCCAAAUGUAUGCCCUUUUUGGUUCCACCAAAUUGCUUGAAAUUGUCCUGUAUUUAUUUUGUACUUCUUUCUUCCAGACAUGUUUGUGAAUUGUUUGUAACCUUCAGUAAACAAAAAGUUUUUUUGAAAUGUC